AGUGCUCACUGAAUUAUCCCGAGUUAGCAACUUUACACUUUAACUUCCAUUUCGCCUUAAUUCUCAUCUUUUAGCCACUGGAACUACAGUUUCAGUGAUGGAUUCGUUGCUGGAGAGCUCAACCUCAUCGCAGGGUAAGCCGGUGCGCUGCAGUCGCACAUGUAAGAUUAUAGUGAUCGGAGACGCCGGUGUCGGUAAGACCUGUUUGACCCACCGCUUCUGCACCGGACAGUUUCCCAGCAGAACGGAGGCGACGAUCGGGGUCGAUUUUCGUGAGAAACUUCUUGAGCUAGAAGGCGAAAAAAUCCGAGUGCAGUUGUGGGACACAGCUGGUCAGGAACGUUUUCGCAAAAGCAUGGUACAGCACUACUAUCGCAAUGUGCAUGGCAUAGUCUUCGUCUUUGAUGUCACUAACCCUACUAGUUUCCGCAAUCUGCCAUUGUGGAUGGACGAGUGCCGUCAGCACUCUCUUGGUCCAGAUGUACCACGUGCUCUUGUUUGCAACAAGGUCGACCUGAUAAUUUCAACGACUACUUCUGUGUUAAUCGAGCAGGCUCGUCACUUGGCCGAUGUCCACGGAAUGACUUUAUACCUUACUUCAGCCAAAGGCCCCAAAGGGGACCAGGUGGACACCAUCUUUAUGACACUGGCACAAAGAUUGAAAAGCCAGAGGGGGAAUUAUGUGAACGAAUGUGUGUUACAGUCCAGCAGAGCAGCAGCUGGGAGCUUCAAAAUCCCAGCGAGAUGCAUAACCGAGAAAGAGAUGAAGAAUUGUACCUGCUCCUGCUAAUGGAUAGAUGAAAGCAUAUUGUCUGUAUUCCAAUGUUCACUCAAGGUGGCACAGUAAAGAGCAAACAUGUCCCAUGAAUCACAGGUCAAUGGUUAUGUCUAAGCAAAGGAUGAUGGAUAUUUUCCAGCCUUACAUAUCAAUAUGUUGAGACUUCAACAAAUCUCACGCUGGCAUUUAGUUUCUCAACUCAAACUCUGAACCCCCACAAGGUCUAAUGCUUAUUCAUGUAACAUAUUGCAGGUUUAUAGAGAUAUUAAUAUAGGGUGACCAUAUUCUGGUUUUCCAAAAAAAUGACACCUUUUUUUCCGCCGGGGGGUAUUGGGGUGGGGUGAAAUAAUAGGGUUCAAAACAGUGUUAUUAUAUGCAAACUUCAAUACAGUGAAAAAUGCACUAUUAGCAUAACAUAAAUAAAUAAAAAUGUCCAAUAUUCUUUUGAAUGCCCAUGUACUAAAAUGUAAAGCCAAACACAACAGCGCUUAGCGCUUUCGCGGAGAGAUUGACAGACAGGAAUUUGGCCAAUAGUUGCUGCAAGCCUCUUAUAAAUGACCAAUUGGCAUGCAAGAAGUUGGGACUUACAAAGUGGGUUAAAUUAAUGCAAAUAUGCAAGCAUACACAAUGAAGUAUUAGACCAGAUGCGCAUCAUAAUGCAACUAAAGCCGAAUCCUGCAAAUUUCGAAAUCCAAACCUGAUGCUUUUUUAAGGUCCGAAAAAGAGGACGUAUGGUCACCCUAAUUAAUAUAAUAAAAUAAACAAAGACAGCAGGGGCAUAAAAAGUACUCUGAAAUUAUUCUUAAGUGAAAGUAUGGAUAGUGAGUGAAAAUUUAGCUUAAUUAAAAGUAUCUAGCCAAAAACAUACUUGAGUGAAAGUAAAAAAGUAUUCCCAUUUAUUUGUACUUAAUUAUUACAAAAGUAAAAUGUAACUUUUAAAUCAAGAGAGGAGAUUGUGAGAGAGGACGUUGUUGAAUUCAGCUGGGUUUUUUUUUCAGUUGCCUGGUCAUAAAAUUGUGUUACAAUAACAAAAUCUUUGCUAAAUUAUAUUUAUGGUGUAUAUCCUGGUGUAAUGAACACUAGAGGCGCUAAAACAACAUUGACUCUUAACCCCUUUUCACUCAAAUCAUAAGUAAAACAGCAGAUUAUCAGUUCAUAAACAUUUAUUUUUCAUUCCAUUCCACACACAAUGCUAGUUUGAGUGCUAUCAAAUUGCACGGAAGCUCUACUAAUAGUGUUGCAUAUGCAUUACAAAGGACUUGGGUAUGAGUCCUGAUGAGCACACGAGUUGACACGUGAGCGAAAUUAUCAUAGAAGUACCAAAAAAUUAAGUGGUUAAUUCAGAAAUAGUUUUUCAUGUCACAUUUGCUUUUUCUGACACUAUCGGUUUGGUUUAGGUUUCAGGUUUAGGGUUGAGUGGUCAGUUUUGUUGAAUAAAACCUCUAUGGAAUAUUAACCUUAACCUCAUCUGUUCGGGAAAAAGUUCCUCUCUCUUUUAACGCCACACAGUGAACAUUUCACUUCGGAACUGCCCUGAGACGUGUAAUGACCCGCAUAAUUUUAUUUAGCAGAAACUUUGCUACAGUCACACAAUGUUCAUUGUAUGUGAGAAGGCACUCACAAAUUGCGAAGUCAGAGCACCCAGUCCCUUGAGACAUAGAGAAAGAUGAUGUUGGUUUUUUAAAUUGUUUUCUGAGCAUUGCUCCCUACCCCUGCUCUUAAGCAAAUGGAUGAAUACAGUUAAAUUCAUAAUUAUUUACACAGAUUUCCUUUUUUUAAAUCAUCAUUAUCAUUUCUGGUUUUAUAGUUAUUAUUAUUAAAGUUGCCUAACAACAAUAAUAAUUCAGUAAUCAUUCAUUGAUUAUGAUUUAAAUAUGAAUGCAAUUGUAGAAAUAAAUGACAUGUACACAUUAAAUUACAAAAGCCUUUUGUUUUUAUUUACAGUGUAUAUUUGAAACAUGAAUGAUAAUUUCAUAAAUGUCCAAUCUGUACAAGUAUCAGGUGUUUAGAAUAAAGUUCAGGACCAAACCCGUCAGUGUUUAUCACUUUUUGCUCAUAUUUUUGAUUGAAUAUGAAUUUCAAAUCAGAUCCGAAAUUUCGUCUCUGCAGACAAUCGGAAUUCCAUACAGCUGCCGCGCGACAGCUGUUUGUCAAUCUGUCGUUUGUCGGAUGCACUGAAAAGUCUGCUUCAGUCCAAUAAGACGAAAGAAAAUGAUCUGCAAAAAUGUAAUGAGUACUUUUCCAGUUUAAAUAAAAUUGUAAGGAGUUAAAAAAGAAUACAAUUUUUUUCUUUAGAAAUGUAUUUAAGUAAAAGUACAAGUAUUAUGUUUAAAUUGCACUUGAGUAAAGUACAAAUCCCCAAAAAUAAUAAGUACAAUACUUAAAUAUUUUAAUGCAAUUACUUUACACCCCUGCAAGACAGUGAGAUUUGCUUUGCUGUUCCAUCUGACUUCAUUUCCUUUGGGGUUUUAAAAACUGCUGCUGCAGGAGUUUGGCCUGUAGACUUUUUGCAGACAGAGUAAAAUAUUGUCAAGCAUUAUGUUGGCCAUCACUUUAAGGUCAAUAUUUAUCUGUUAUUUCAGCAUAACUUCAAAUAUGGGAGCUACUGGAGAAAGCUGUACCACUGCUUUCCCUUUUCAAAAACUGUUUGAUGGAGUUGCAUGACAGAGGUGUGGCUGUCUACAGGUUAAAAAGAAGGCCAGAUUUUGGCCAUAUAAUCUUCACUUUGCACUUGAUGUGGUUUGC